AUGAAACAUGAUGAUUUUGAGGCGAUGCGGGAACAUAACGCAUAUUACCCAUUUACAGAUAGAGCAGAGUGGGAACUUGCAAAGUUUCUAUGCGACAACUUGAAUCAGGGGCAGAUCACUCGAUUUUUGAAGCUUCUCUGGGUCGUGCACCACAUUUUCGGCAAUCCAAUCUUCGCCAACCAUAUGGAAUACGACCCUUAUGAAAUCAAAGACAAUGGUGAGCGCGAAUAUGGAGAAUGGAUGUCUUGUGAACAGGCGUCCGAAAUUCAGACACCAGUAACUCGACAGACAGGCUCGCUGGAGAUGCACCCCACAUUUCUUACGCUCGGCAACAUCCACUCCGAAGUUCGCAUGAAGGCCACCUCACACGCAUGGGCGUGCAUCGCGUACAUUCCAGUCCCAGAAUACAUAGUGAAUAUGCGCGUCUGGCAUAAAUGCAUGGAUCUGGUCUUAGAGAAGCUGAAGGUCGCUGCCGAGGUGGGCGAGUUCAUGGUAGACCCCAUGGGUUGCCGCCGUUAUGCAUUCACACCACUUGCUGCCCAUAUCGCUGAUCUUCCCGAGCAAAUCAUGAUCGCAUGUAUAACCGAUCCCUGGAAGGUCCGGGAGUUUCAGGAGUCGGCGAAGCAGUAUUCUCUCAGUGGCGUCCACCAGCCAUAUUGGCGCAACUGGGGGCGUGCAGACCCUUCAAUUUCCUUGUCCCAGAGAUACUGCAUGCAAUGCCAUAAAUUUUUCUUCGAUCACCCUCUGAAGUGGUGCAAGGAGGUGAUAGGCGCUAGCGAGCUUGAUGCUAGGUUCCGCAGCCAGCAUAAACGUGUGGGUACACGCCAUUUCACUAAUGGUGUCUCCCAUGUGAACCAGAUGACCGGACGCGAGCAUCAUGAUAUCCAGCGAACGCUUGUCCCCACCAUUGUGGGUGUGACAUCUCCUGGGUUCACUCCUCCCACUUUCACAAGCUCUUCCCUCGACAGCAUGGUAUCAUCCCUGAAUGAAUUUCAUGCCUACAAACACUUCAUUUUAGAGGCGGAGGCUCGCACAGGCACUUCUGGCCCUAUCAGUCAUUUUCAGAUCCCCAAACUCGAGUCUUUCAAUUCAUUCGCUCGUUCGAUCCGACAAUCAGGUGCCAUCAUACAAUUUUCUGCGGAUGUCAGCGAACGGCUACUGAUCACACAUUGCAAGACACCUUUCCAGCGGACAAGUCACCAACGAGGCACAUUCACGCAGCAGAUUGUCAAUAUCAUCAAUCGCGAGGAGGUGAUGAGACAAUUUGACGUGUAUGCCCUCCUGCGUGAACGACGGAUAUCUCUCAUCAACGUCAUGGACAACGAGUUUGAUGAGGUCGUUGACUUAGAUCCAACCUUUAACUGGAUAGCGCGCGUUGCACCACAAGAUAUGCAUCGUUUUCAGGCGAUUCGCCCCGUUCACAAUCACUUUCUCAAAGGCCUCCUUUCUGACGAGGCUAACGCUGCCUUUCAUGUUACCAUCGCUCAUGAUCUUGCUGAUCGUUCGCCCACUGCACUUGCUCAACUCUAUCAUCUCUCACAAUUUCCAAAUGUCCUUUCACAGUAUCUCGAUGGUGUAUCAGGUCGGAACUCACUCUUUCACGUCCGCCUCCUCAAAACAUGGUACAAAUUUAGGCUUCAAACUUCAUUCCCGACUUCGUCCAUGCAACAUUAUGCCAAGCCAGCAAACGCACCCUUUGGAAACUGCGAUAUGGUUCUCCUCCAACCUACAAUUCGAAUGGUGUUUAUGUUGUCGCCGCGAGGGUCGCAGCUACCAACAGAGCUCAAGGAGCCUCUUCUGUAUGUUGAGCUAUUCGAGAUAGCUGCGCCCCCUGAAGCUGAGCCACACAUUGGCAUGUACCGUGUUCGACGUUCAUUUUACCGUGCGCGUGAUGGUUCUCCGAGUCGCACAAGGAUCGGGAAGAUUGUACGGCUUGUUGAUGUUACACAUGCAGUAGAAUUGAUACCCAUCUAUGGGGAAACGAUGGACCGCUCUGUUUCGUCAACGACAUCUCUUGAACGCUACGAUAACUUUUAUCUCAAUGCAUUCUCUGAUAAAGAGUGGUACCACACACUUCACGCAGAUUUGUCUAACCGUACUGUAUUAUUUCGUGUCACAAAAUUCAAUCUUAUCCGUGGAUCUGAUCAGUAA